AUGUGGCUGGCGCGCACUCUGCACGACGAUCUCGGGAGACAGACGGAGCUGAGUGCUGAACUUGAGACCGUGCCCCAGUCACGUCUCAAGUCCUUCACACUUUCCUUAUUUAUUAUCGAUCUCUAAAGCAUUUCUCCUGGUUUUACAGCUUCGGAUUACGUUGACGAUUAAAAGUGUCCCAGAUUUCUCUCGAGUUGCGUGAGAGACUGCGCAAUAGAGGAACGUUAAACUGAAUCCAGCAUGUCAAUUUUACCGUUCACUCCGCCGAUCGUGAAGAGGCUGUUGGGCUGGAAGAAGGGAGAGCAGAACGGACAGGAGGAGAAAUGGUGCGAAAAGGCCGUCAAGAGUCUGGUAAAGAAGCUGAAGAAGACGGGACAGCUGGACGAGCUGGAGAAAGCCAUCACAACUCAGAGUGUCAACACCAAGUGUAUCACCAUACCGCGGUCACUGGAUGGUCGGUUGCAGGUAUCACAUAGGAAGGGACUUCCUCAUGUGAUCUAUUGUCGUCUAUGGCGCUGGCCUGAUCUACAAUCUCACCAUGAGCUCCGAGCCAUUGAACUCUGUGAAUUUGCCUUCCACAUGAAAAAGGACGAGGUGUGCGUCAAUCCCUACCACUACCAGCGUGUCGAGACGCCAGUUCUUCCUCCAGUUCUGGUCCCAAGACACACUGAAAUCCCAGCUGAGUUUCCUCCACUGGAUGACUACAGUCACUCCAUCCCAGAAAACACCAUCUUCCCUGCUGGCAUUGAGCCCCAGAGCAACUACAUACCAGAGACGCCACCUCCAGGCUAUAUUAGUGAGGAUGGAGAGACUAGUGACCAUCAGAUGAACCGCAGCAUGGACACAGGUUCUCCAAACCUUUCACCGAACCCUGUGUCUCCUGCCCACAGUAAUUUAGAUCUCCAGCCAGUGACAUACUGUGAACCAGCGUUCUGGUGCUCUAUCUCAUAUUAUGAGCUGAACCAGAGAGUCGGCGAGACUUUCCAUGCCUCGCAGCCUUCUUUAACAGUGGACGGCUUUACAGACCCAUCCAACUCUGAGCGCUUCUGCCUGGGCCUGCUAUCCAACGUUAACCGCAACGCCGCUGUGGAGCUCACGCGCAGACACAUCGGCCGGGGUGUGCGCUUGUACUACAUUGGUGGUGAGGUGUUUGCGGAGUGUCUAAGCGACAGCGCCAUCUUUGUUCAGAGUCCCAACUGUAACCAGCGUUACGGCUGGCAUCCUGCUACCGUCUGCAAGAUUCCACCAGGCUGUAAUCUGAAGAUCUUUAACAAUCAGGAGUUUGCAGCUCUCUUGGCCCAGUCUGUGAAUCAGGGCUUCGAGGCCGUGUACCAGCUCACCCGCAUGUGCACCAUUCGCAUGAGCUUUGUGAAGGGCUGGGGAGCCGAGUACAGGCGGCAAACCGUGACUAGCACCCCCUGCUGGAUUGAACUGCACCUGAACGGUCCUUUGCAGUGGCUGGAUAAAGUGCUCACUCAGAUGGGAUCCCCUUCAAUUCGAUGUUCCAGUGUGUCAUAGGAAAAACUCUUCUUGUACAAACACAGCAUGUACAAACCAAGAAAUCUGGAAACAAGGUUGAAGACCUGUAGACCCGCCAGCAAUGGGUUCACACAGGUUCCCUUCACAGACCCGGUAGCACUUUCACAUUUGUCUCACUUUGGAGGAGUGUAUUAUCAAUUUGUAUAUACAUUUUUUUUUUUUUGUAAAAUAUUGCCACUUAUAUUUUGUUACAUAGCAUGUUUAUGUAAGAUCUCUCCUUUCUCUUUUUUAUUAUGCUGUUAUGUUAUGCACAUGUUUACCAUAACUAGGGUUGCUUGAUUAUUUUUAGAAACCUGAAAGUGUUUUUUUUUUUUUGUAAAAUGAAGAUAUGAAGUUUUCAAAAGAUCAGUUAAACACUUUUUAAUCGUAUUUGUUUGUUGAACAAAAUUAUGGAAACUUGGCCCAGGUCGUGUAUGUCAUGUAGUGCAUAUCAGUAUGACUCGGUGCAUGAAAAGAAACAUGAUGUGUUUGAUUCCCCCGUGUUUUAGAGCCUUCAGUCACUGUUUUUUUUUUUUUUUUUUUUGAGAAGUGUGUUCAAA